AGUACGAGACUGGUAGCGGCGGCAGGUGAAGGGGUGGGGAUGACCGUAAGAGAGUAGCGAGGAGGGAAGACGGAGAGAGAGAGAAGGAGAGAGGGAGAAGGAGUGGGACGCCUGUGCUCUGUCGGCAAUGGUGGCGGUGGGGGUGGUGGUAGCGUUGGUUGGUUAAGUGGUGGGAGAAGAAGAGAGGGAUGAUGAGCCUUGGUCGAGCAGAGAAAUUGUCAGAAUACGGUGCGACUUCUCGGCGGAGAGUUGCUCCGGUACGAAGCUCCGUUUUAUUCUCUUCGUUAUUAUAUCGUCGUGUAUCUAUAUCUUUGUGUCGUUCAAUCGCAACGAGAACAGAAGCGAGAGAUAUCGUGUCACACAAACUUAUAACAAUAACAAGACAAACGCGAUCUACGAUUGGUAAAAGUGUCGCAGAGAAGAGGAAGUGUUUUUCUUUUUGUGUAUUCGUGUGAUACCGCUCGGAUACACUUGGAUUAGGUGAACGCCAUUGAAGGAAGAGGAAUAAAAAAUAAAAUAAAAUAAGAGGCAAAGAAGAAGAAAAAAAGAAGAAAAACGAAAGUCCGGACCAGAUCGCCGAAUCACAUUCUUCGAUUUAUUUUGUUGCCGCUUUGUUAACAAUUCUCGAGCAAGGACUAUCGGAGACUCCGGCACGUGAAAAAUAGAAAAAGAUAUACAGAUAGGAAGGUAAAAAAGGAGGCCCUAUUUAUCUGUUACUGAGUUCCCCGUAUUAGUAAAUAUCGAUUUUACGGACACGGUGGUACCGAUGGUAUGAAGCCUACCCGUUGUUCUUCUUCUUCUUCUUCUCCUUCUUCUUCUUCUUCUUGUCAUUUCUACGGAUAAAACGAAGAAAUUUUCUGAUUACCGUUGGAAACGAAUUUAAUUUGGGGGAAAUACUUGAAUCUCGUACUUCAUAUUUGGAAAAGGAUGGAUUAUUCGAAAAAAGUGACCAUAAAGAACGAACCGGAACAGGAACAAGAACAGGAACAAGAACAAGAACAAGAACAGGAACAGACUGAGACACAGGUGGAUACAGCAGCAUCUCCGUCGUCCAGUGUAGAUUUACCCGAAAGCGCGCAUCCUUGCCCAGCUUGUCCGACCAUACUUUUGACAACUCACGAUUUAACGAAUCAUCUACGAGAACAUAAUUCACCUAGGAGCACGGAAUACGGCGGUGAGGAAGAUUACUGCUGUGCUAUAUGUCAAAAAGUAUUGAGUUCAGCAAGUUCCUUGGAUCGCCAUGUUCUUGUACAUUCGCGCGAACGACCUUUCAAGUGCAAAUAUUGUGAUAUAGCUUUCACAACGAAUGGUAAUAUGAACAGACAUGUUAAAAGUGCUCACCGCGGUGAAAGAUCACCACCACAGAGUUAUACCGAAUCGGAAAGUACUAGUAACGACUCCGAAAACUCAUCCAGAAGACAACACAUAGAAGAACACAACAACAACGAGAUAUCGAAACAAACUUCGCCAAAUUUUAUGAUCAGAGAAAGAUUAGCGAAGAAUUUAACGGCCAAACGAAAGUCGCCAUCUUUUACCAGAGAAGAUGAAAGCCCACGUAAACACAAGAUAUUGUUGAACAAUUCGAGGACCGAGAUCAAACGUACCCCUGUACAAACACAAAAUUCUUUCAACUGUCCGGUUUGUAAUCGGCAAGAUUUUGCUACGAGCGGCCUCUUGGAAACGCAUUUGGAACAAAAUCAUCCAGAAUUCACGGCAAGGUGCGAACCCUGUAAUCUAUCUUUUAAAAAUCAUCGGGUUUUGAAUCUACACCGUUAUAUGAUACACUUUUCUGACUAUCCCGUUGGUAUCCCUACGAGAAAUUUACGUAAUUCCGUAGUAGGAUUCGACGAUUUAACUUUUGUUGACUUUACCUCGGCUAAAUUCCCAACUAUUGCUAGGGUGAUGUGCGAGCAAGCGAUGCAUCGGCCAGCAUCCGGAGAAGGUACCAACUUUCAAUGCGCCAAGUGUUCAAGGGCAUUUCCUUGUUUCAAGUCUAUGAAAGAACACCAAAAUGAAUGUGGUAAGUGUAGGUCAAGUUUGCAAUGUAGACCGAUAGAUGUUGGGGAAUCACAGAGAGACGAUUUUUUUGCGGGCCUCGAAUUACACAAUAAAGCUGCUUUGACAGAGGCUAAAGACGGAAAGGAUUUAGCGGAUAUAGAAAGCAUUUUGUCCGUUACGUCGGGCCCGAUUUUACAAAACUUUCCCCGCUCGGAUGCUAGUACACCCGAGAAUAAUAUGAAAUUUAAUUCGAGCGUUGGUUCUUCUGGUUCAUCAGGAACGAUGUCAUCGGAAUAUCACGAGGAAGAAGCUCAGGAUUUGUUCGCUGCCGAAUUCAGGAAGAUGAAGUUGAAAGGAGAAUUCCCCUGCCGAUUAUGCACAGCUAUAUUCCCUAAUUUGAGAGCAUUGAAGGGACAUAAUCGUGCUCACAUGGGCGUUGCGCCAGGAGUACCCUAUCCUUGCAACAUGUGUCCUUAUACGAGUACGGACAAGGCCACUCUUGUAAGGCAUCUCAGAUCUCACAACGGCGAUCGGCCGUACGAGUGUUCGCUUUGCAAUUACGCUUUUACUACAAAAGCAAACUGCGAGAGGCACGUUAGAAAUCGUCAUGGUAAAUUAACCAGGGAAGACAUUAAGAGUGUUCUUAUAUAUCACCCGAACGAGGAUUCGACGAAUGAGAACAUCGGUAGAAGUUCGCCAAGAGUGACAAAGGACGAACCAAGAAAAAGUUUGAUAUAUCCGAACGACCGUGAGGACUCUCAUCAGCAACAACAACGUUAUCUGUCGAUGCCGGUGGACUCGAAAAGUGAUAUUAGAGUGAUAGACGAGGCAAAACUACCUAGCCCAGGAUUGGCCUCGUCCCUUCGUAGUAUUAUCGUGAAUCAUUGCGAAACCAGCGAUACUUACUCGAGAUCGAACAUACCAUCGUCCGGGCUUAUUCCGAGGAAUAUAGAAGAGGCCACUACAUCUCAAGAUCAAAGUGGAAGGGCUGAGGAUGAUCUUGAAUCAAGGUCAUCUAACGAAAGCGUGUCUCUAGUCAAUGAUACCGAAUCAGAUAUGCACCAAAGAAUUCAAGCUAGUCCGAUUAACUUGAAGAAAACGUCUAACGUACCUAACGCCGGAAAUUCGAACCAGGAUGGACCCUUGGACCUCAGCAUGGACGUUCUAGAUUUGAGUAAAAAGGCCAAGGAGAGAAACGGCGCUGGCUCCUCUAGAUCGAACGAACAUUAUCCCGGCAAUGACCGAAGAGAAUUUUACGAUUCAACCAGCCAAUUGUUCCUCACACAGGCUCUUUUACAAGCGAGCCAAGGAACUUCGCCAGGAACUUCGCCUGGAACUUCGCAAGGAACCUCGCAGGCAACCUCCCUACAGAAUUUCUACGCUAAUGCCCAAUUGAUCUACCGUAAUUUAGGAUCACUUUCGGCAGGAGUAAAUGCUGGAAUUCUGUCUCCGUAUAUGUUCAACCCGCACCUGUUCGGACAAGAUCUUAACAUCAGAGAUAGAAUUCAAAAGGAGUUCGCUCGGGGCCUACAACUGACCAGCGGUGGUACGUUGGUCGAUCCAUCUCACGGAAAUACAAGUUUCGCCAGUUUUCCGCAAUCAAACGAGGGCUCGUCUCAAUCUGUAAACGAGCAAAACGAUUAUACGAAAUUGCUGGCUUCUAAAAUGACCAAUAAGAAUUUAUCGCCACGCGAAAAGCCAGACAAUUCGCCUUCCUCGAAUUCGGUUAAAAUGGUCAUAAAAAAUGGUGUUCUAAUGCCAAAACAAAAACAACGAAGAUAUCGUACGGAAAGACCGUUCUCUUGCGGACAUUGCUCGGCCAAGUUCACCCUGCGUAGCAACAUGGAGAGACAUAUAAAACAGCAACAUCCUGAAUUUUGGAGUCAACGACCUCGAGGUGGUCAUUCAACGAGAGGCAGACCACCGGCGAACCAUCCGACUUUAAUUAAAAAUUCUGGACAGUCAAAUUCGCAGCCUUCGCAGUCCUACUCCAGCAUUCUACCCAAAACCGAGUCGUCAUCGGCGAUAGAAUCUGGCAGACAUUCGAUUUCCGACCAAGUUAAAUACGCGAUAUUGGCACAACAAUUGAAGGCCAACAAAAUGGACGACAACGACACCGACGAAGAACUCAUCAUCGACGAGGAUCCUACCGAUAAAGAGAUGCAAGAAUCUCAAGAACAAGGAGAACGUUCUACGAGUUUGUUGAGAGGACAAUUGGAAGGAAACGAGACCAACAGAGACGUUUCGGUUAAGGACGAAAUCUCAGAGAGAGACUCGUCCGACGUAUUUCACAACGAACAGGCCGAGGAACGUAACGAUACCAAUGAGAACGGCCGGACUUCUAGAAACGAACAUAUCCCUGAAGUUAAAACUGAAGAUCCAUCGGGAGAUAAUAAUUCAAGACACACCUUCAAAAUGGAUAUCUGCAACGAUACCGUUCAAGAUAAACAGGAAGAUAAUAACGCUGAUCUCGCUAGCGUUUCGGAAUUAUUGGACAAUGCUUCUCAUCAAUAUCAACACUUUCAACCUCAAUAUCUGAGCGACGAGGAAGGUUUGGUCGCAUCGACGAGCGACUUCAACAAUUCUGGAAGCGAGGACAAAUCUGACUCGGUCAAUUCCGCUAAUUCGAAUAACGCCUCGUCGAAAAAGAAAAAGAAGAAAAAAAAGAAGAAGAAAUCUGCUUACUCGAUGGCACCUAACAGAGUGAUAUGUCCCUAUUGCGAACGGCCAUUUCCAUGGACUUCGUCCCUUAGACGACAUAUUCUUACGCACACGGGUCAAAAGCCCUAUCAAUGUAUAUACUGUUCGCUUUUGUUCACGACCAAAUCGAAUUGCGAUCGGCACCUUUUGAGAAAGCACAAAACAAAUCCGAACAAAAUACGACGCGUUAGAAAUUCAUCUUCGCCGGAUAGUCAGGUUGUCAAUACGAACAAUACGUUCUCGAUGAGAAACGUACCGGAGAGGCCGUACAAAUGUAAUCAGUGUCCGAGUUCGACCUUUUCGACGUUAGGUAAUUUAAAGAAACAUCGUUCGACCAAACACUCGCGCAAAAACAAAUCGAGAUCCGUAUCGCCCUCGAGCGAACCACAAAACAGUCCUUUGCAACCGUCGAAACAAAACGAUCCUAGCGAUUACGAGAGCCAAUCGUCUAGCAUUUCUGAAAAUACCGAACAACAACAGGUGUCGCCGGUUGAAACGCAAAAACAAAAUUCGAAUACGUCACCGACUAACAACGAAUUAUCAAGAUCACGAAGAACUUCACCUAGAUCCUCGCCCGGUCCUAACGACGUUCCAUUCAAAUGUCAUCUAUGUGACUGCGGAUUCGCCGAUCGUCACGAUUGUUUGGAACAUAUCAAAACGAAUCAUAAAAAAUCGUACGAGAUGUUAGUUGCUAAGGGUGCUAUGGAUAUGGAUAUCGACGGUUUGGAAGAUCAACCAGCACCACCACCACCGCCACCGCCGCAGCAACAUCUUAGCGAUGGGGAGGAAAGAAAAGGCCGAUUCCCAGAUUACAGUAAUAGAAAAGUGGUCUGUGCCUUUUGCAUAAGAAGAUUCUGGUCGGCCGAGGAUCUCCGUCGUCACAUGAGAACUCACACGGGUGAAAGACCAUUCUCCUGUGACAUAUGCUUUCGACGAUUCACUUUGAAACACAGCAUGCUACGUCAUCGUAAAAAGCACGAAUCGGUUGACUCUACCAUGUACGUUGGUACCAGCGGCGACGAAGAAAAUUCACCGACUCAGCCACCAACGAUAACACCGCGUACCCAACAACAACCACCCGUUUUAAUGGCAACAAAUAUCAACAAUUCGAGGAUCCAAGAUAGAAUUACGUCGUCGGUAGCAACCGGUGAUGCUCCUGGUGGUUUCAUGAGAUUUAAUACCUUCGAAAAAUUAACUACAUUUACCGGCAAAUUGACCACCAAUACACAGCAUAAUGUCAAUUCAGAAUUAUCCGAAAAUACCGACAACGAUUUGAUCUCUAAUCUUUUGGGCAUACGCGAUAAAAGUUUCAUCGAUAAGGUUCUCCAAGCAUCACCGGACGAUGCCGCUAAAUUAUUAGGCGUACAACGUAGUCACGAGUGAAUAGAAAAACUUUUAACAUAUAAUACGUCGAAGGUAAAAAGAAUUUUAAAAUGGAGAUCUUAUUUUCUCGAUCCGUUUAAGUAAUAUUUUUUCUUUGUCUAUGUCAAUUUGUUUUUUUUUCUUCUUUUUUUUUUUUUGUUUGUUUUCUUUUGAUUUUUAUCCAUUAUCCGUCUUUAUAUUUAUUCACAAUCGUGCCUUAUAUUAUAUAAUCGUUUUAUCAAUUUGAACACACUUUUUUAAUUUUUUUUUUUUUUUUUUAUUUUAUUGACACCCGACACAAUUUGAUUUUUUUUUUUUAUUUUAUUGACACCCGACACAAUUUGAUUUUUUUUUUUUUUUUAAUUGACACCCGACGCUAUUUCAGUAAUAAUUUUUUCUCGAAUAUUGACCGUACUAUAGACAAAACGCUGUUAAUUCACAAGCGUGGCUUUAAUGAUAUCAUUUAAUUUUAAUUUAUAAUCAAUGUCUAUAUAUAUAUAUAUUUUAAUAAUUCAAUAAGUUUUGACGUUGUAUAUAUGUAUAGUCUCGCGCGUUCUUGAUUUUAUCUAAUUUAUAAUUAAAAUAUUUUAGAAAAAGAAUAAAAUAUAUUCGCGUAUUCGAGGUACAUUCUUUAAAGACAUAAACAAAAAAGAAAAAAAACAAAGAAAAUUAAACAAAAAAAAAAAAGAAAAAUUAGAAAUCAAAAAUUUUUUAAAUUUCUAUAUUUGUCAUCUCUUUUUAUUCUUCUAUUUUGUUCGACUCUUCUUUAUUUUAUUUUUUUAAUCUUUUUUUUUUUAUUCUCGGAUCGUCUAUUUUGCCCUGUAUGUUGCAUAUACAUAUCCUAACCGCGCGCAGAUUUCAUUUUCAAUUCGUAUAUGUGCACUUAUAACACGCAAAAGUGUAUGUACGUUUCAUACUUUGCAAUGUAUAUAUAUGUGAAAAUUUUCUAUAUCUGCAUCUAUAUAUAUAUAUGAUAUAUAUAUAUAUAUAUAUGAUAUAUGAUAUAUAUAUAUAUAUAUAAUGUGUGUACAUUUUUUUAGUAUUAAUUAGCUUUACUUAUACGAUAUAGAAGUAUGAUCCAAUGAAAUAAAAACCAAAUAUACCAAUACAAAAUAUUUAAAUAUUUAUACUUUUCCUGAAGCAUUCGUUAGAUAAAAGAAAGCAAAAAAAAUAAAAAAGCUCAAAUCGAUCGUUAAAUCAUUUUGAGCGAGUGAUCUUAAUCGUACUGUUUAAUUGAUGACAACACAAGAUAUUCAAAUUAAUAAAAAAAUAAAUAAAUAAAUAAAAAAUAAAAAAUAGGACGAAGUAAUAAACAUUGUAAUAAGAAUUACAAGAGCCAUAUGUAUAUAUAUAAAUUCAGA